AUGGCGUCCUAUCCCCCCACUGGCCUGGCUCCCACUGUAGAGCACCUCCCUGAAUGGAUCAAGCUUGGUCUUGGUGACAAGGAGUAUAUGUGUGAUGAGAAGAAGGCCACAUUCGACCCUGAUAAUCUUCCCGAAAAGCUGCCCGACCUGUCCAAGCAUAGCAGCUACAUGGCAGAGUUGAUGCGCGAAAAGCCAGAACUCUACGACCAGCUGAAGGGAAAGACCACUAAGAACGGUGUUAAUCUCGGCAAGUGCAUCAAGACCGGCGUUGACAACCCGGGGCAUCCCUCUAUUAAGACGGUCGGCCUUGUCGCUGGUGACGAGGAAAGUUACGAGGUCUUCAAGGAUCUAUUCGACCCCGUCAUUGAUCGUCGUCACGGUGGAUUCCCCGCUAGUGCAACUCAUACCACUGAUCUCGAUUUCAGCAAGGUUUCGGAUACCCCUAUCGACCCCACCGGGAAAUACGUCAUCUCGACUCGUGUCCGUACCGGUCGUUCAGUCCGUGGAAUACGUCUCCCCCCGAGUGUGACUUUUGAGGAGAGACGUGAACUCGAGCGUAUUAUCGUGAAGGGUCUGCUGAACCUCAAGGAGGAGCUCAAGGGUGACUACUUUCCCCUGCAUGGCUCCCAGAGCUACGAGCCUAAGCCUGGUGGCAUGACCAAAGACCAAGAGGAAGAUAUGCGCGAGAACCACUUCCUCUUCCAGGAGCCCGAUUCCACUCUACUCCUGUCUAGUGGUAUGGGUCGCCACUGGCCUGAUGCCCGCGGCAUUUUCCACAACAACGAGAAGAACUUCCUCGUCUGGGUGAACGAAGAAGACCAUAUGAGAAUCAUCUCUAUGGAGAAGGGCGCUGACAUCAAGAGGAUCUUCAAGCGCUUCUGUGUUGCCGUCAAUGGUGUACAGGACGUCUUGAAGAGCGAAGGUUACGACUUCAUGCACAGCGACCACCUGGGGUUCAUUCUAACCUGCCCUAGUAAUUUGGGCACGGGUCUCCGUGCCUCUGCUAUGAUGAAGGUGCCCCUCCUCUCCGCCAGGCCCGACUUCAAGGAGCUCUGCAAGAAGCUCGGCCUUCAGGCUCGUGGAGGGUCCGGGGUCGAUUCAGCCUCUGUCGGGGGCAUCUACGAUAUCUCCAAUGAGGACAGGAUCGGCAAGAGCGAAGUGCAGUUGGUGAACAUCAUGGUUGAGGGAUGCGCCAAGUUGGUUAAGUUAGAGCAGGCCUUGGAGAAUGGCGAUAAGAUUGAUGAUAUGCUCCCCUAG